GGCUCGUCACCCUCGCCGGGAUUCCCCGUAAUAUUUCCAACAAGAGACAAGAAAAAAAACUGCAAAAAUGGACAAAGAAAGUUCUGGUAAGCAAUAUGAACCUGUGGCCGAGAUUGGAGAAGGCGCCUAUGGGAAAGUGUACAAGGCGAGAGAUUUGAACAACGGGGGACGCUUUGUAGCCCUAAAAAGAGUCCGUGUGCAGACGGAGGAAGAGGGGAUGCCUCUCUCCACUAUCCGGGAGGUGGCGGUACUGAGGCAGCUUGAAGCCUUUGAGCACCCCAAUGUUGUCAGGCUGUUUGACGUGUGUACAGUCUCUCGGACUGACCGAGAAACCAAACUCACUCUGGUCUUUGAGCACGUGGAUCAGGACUUGACCACUUACCUGGAGAAGGCCCCCGACCCUGGAGUACCACCUGAGACCAUCAAGGAUAUGAUGUACCAGCUGCUCCAGGGGCUGGACUUCCUGCACUCGCACCGCGUGGUUCACCGUGACCUGAAGCCCCAGAAUAUCCUGGUCACCAGCGGAGGACAGAUCAAACUGGCCGACUUUGGUCUAGCUCGAAUCUACAGCUUCCAGAUGGCCCUCACCUCUGUGGUGGUGACACUGUGGUACCGAGCCCCAGAGGUGCUUCUACAGUCUAGUUACGCCACGCCGGUGGACCUGUGGAGUGUCGGCUGCAUCUUUGCUGAGAUGUUCAGGAGAAGACCGCUAUUUCGAGGAAACUCAGAUGUUGAUCAGCUGGGAAAGAUUUUUGAUGUUGUUGGAGUACCUUCAGCAGAGGACUGGCCCCAGGAAGUGGCCCUACCACAGAGUGCCUUCACCCCCCGACCCCCUAAGCCAAUAGAGGACUUAGUUCCAGACAUGGACGAGCAAGGACGAGCCCUCUUAAUGCAAUUUCUCGCCUUCAACCCCUCCAGGAGGAUAUCGGCCUUUGCUGCGCUCAGCCACCCCUACUUUCAAAGUGUGGACAGCCACAGUAGAAGUGUGUAUGCGGCCCAGCCCAUCCCCAGCAACAAGCCCACUAUGGAGGAGAGGACUGCCUGACAGUCCUCCUUCACCCUGAACCAUACCAUACAGUGUCUAUAAAAAGUAUUCUGCGUACCCAGCCUUGGUGUAUUUCAUGUUUUAUUGUCUUCACGCAUCCAAGUUUAAUUAAGCUUUUCUGACACUGAUUAACAAUUAAGGUUUAGUUGUAUAAGUGAAAUAAAUCUGUAGAAAUAUAAGUAUUUUAAGUAUGAGUAUAGAGCACAAGGUGAUUAGAACAGAGACAUGUAGAGGCACCUUUGUCAUCUUCUACAGCCUUGAGUCUGUGAUUAAAUCUUGCCUCAUUCUUCUUUGCCAAAGUCCUCAAACUGUCAGGUUGCUUGUUGAGCGUGACUGAACAGCAGUUUUCAGGUUCUGCAACAUAUCCUGUUUGGAUUGUUAUUUGGCCACAUGAGUGUGAAGACAGUUCUGUGCAGCUUUUACGGUUGAAUGUUUGGGCUGUUUUCCUUCUAGAAAAAAAUGUCUUCUCUCAACAGGAUAGCAGAUUUUCCUCCUGAAUUCUUCUGUUUAUUUAUUUUUGCUUUUAUUUUACCCUCUACGAUUAUUCCAACAUGAUGCUACCAACACCAGGCUUUGUAUUGCAUUUAGUUAGUUGAAAAGCUACAUAUGCUCCCAGGCAGUUGCUGUAGCCUCGAACUCUUGCUGCUUAAUUAGUGAACCAUGUACUUCUUUAAGUAUCCACAGACUUAACACAUAACCUCAAGUUUUUGAGAAUGAGGUGCUCUACACAGAUUUGUACUCCUUCGUAUUUCACUGAUGUACUUCCACCAAUUGGUUCUUUCAGUAACCUUGUGGUAGGUUGGUUUGAUGUCCCUGUUUUCACAGUGUAGUUUAUGCCAGCCGUUCGUCCCUGCAGAUACAGGUGCAAAUAACUACAAGUCACAUCUUUGGUUUCAUACAGUUGAUAGUUUGUCUAUUGUUCAACUUCUAAAGAACAGUUGGCUGCACCAGUGAUAAAGUAUGACAUAGUUAAGACCGGUUAUACCUGCUGUCAUUUAGAUCCAUUUGUGGAAAACUGUUUUCUCUUUGACUGUAAUGAGACAUUUUUCUGAUAAUCAGUGUCAAAAAAACUUAAUCAACUGUAAUUGUGUGUUGUACUGUACAUAAAAACAAAACAUGAAACAGACCAAGGGGGCACUUUGCUAUAGUCAUUGUACAACACUCUAGGAAAGUACUUCUACAGAGAGGGUAAAGAUAAGGGUCAAAAAAGACACCACCAGCUCUGAAAAAUGCACAAAAGCUACCCUCCUACCAUGAACUGAUGGAUUGUAAUUGCUGCUUUUAGGUUGUUAAAUGUUGACGAUUGACUGUUAACAAUGCAAAAAGACUUGCAUCUCAGAAUUACUUGUUGAAGUGGGCAAGUGGACAUUAGAGGCCAUGAAGCAGAGGCCUCUAUCACCAGUGUUUAGCCUCACAAGAGCCCUUUUGACUGGGGACCGGACCACACAGGAGCCUGGGUGGACCUCAUGGAUCUCACCUGCCUUUUAGUCCCACAGUGAACAGAUAUUCAGUACAAGCAUGCUCACAGAUACGUACACAUCAUAUAGUGUGUACACUACCACUGACAUUAGCACGCUCGUGUACACACUUACUUAUUGAAAGCCUAUUGGGCAUCACAAGCGUGCCACUCACUGCCAUGUUUUCCUAAUCUAGUUCUACAUGUAUUAUAAUACUGCCACCUUGAGGAUGUUCUGAGUAACUGCAGACCAGUAGCAGGCUUCUAGUGGUUUCUGCAUUUUUAAAGGAACUCAUCGUAAUGGGCUGAUAUCAAGGCUGAGACAAUAAUGAAAGAACCUCAUAGACAUGUUCCUGCCACUUGCUAUUUGUUGUCAUAAAAUACAAUGAUUUACUAUCCAAAUGUUACCAUAAUGCACAGGCUUCCCAUAGAUGGAGAAAUCUACACCAGCACUAUUCAACAUGAACACAUUUGCAACAGAAUAGUGUUGCACCUAUUCUGUAUUUUAGUUUAUUGACAAGUCUGAUAUGCUUGUUUAAAAUCAAGUUACUUGAUUUUUGUUGUUUUUAAGAUGCUGGGGCAUACAAUAUUCUUACACCAACUUUUUUUAAAGGAUUAUAGACUUUGUGUAAGAAUAGUUUGACAAUGUAAGGAAUGUGUAAAGGAUAGGCAUUGGUACUGUACAGUGUAGAGUACUAAGUACAAGCUGUAAUGAUGGAAAAUGUUUGUGCAUUGCCAGCCCAUAGAUAUGUCAUAAAAAUGGAUAGAGGUAGAGCAGCAAGGGUCAGUGGAAUGUUGUUUGGCAAGAGUAUUUUGUCUAAAUGAAAAUGUUGGGUGGGCUCUGUGGGUGCUUGUUGAAUUUCAUUUGCUUUGGAUUGAGAGUGGAUAUGACUUUUAGUUUCAUAGUGGUUUUGAUAAUAAUGCACAAAUAUGUGUACAGUUUUUGCUUUACUUUACAGUCAUGUCAAGUUAUAUUCCAGUUCAGUUUUUUUACCGGCAAGAAAAAAGGAAGUUAUGCAGAGUUGUAUUUUUGUAUGUAGUAGUUCUUGCAGAACAGUAACCUAUUUUAACACUGGUUUAUGUUUCCUUAACAGGUAGUGCUGCUAGCACACACACUUACACACACAGGCACACAUUCUGACUUUCUCAGGUUCUUGUUAUGGUCGUCCGAACCUUUCGGGCACAGUUUGCACAUCCCUGGGCUACUAACUGACCACAUCACAACUCCUUCAGGUUUUCUUUCAAGCUGUUCCACGAUCAUGUCAUUGAUCAUCAUCUACUGUUAUUACUAUUUAUCAAAUAUGUUACUGUAGUCAUUACUGUCUGAAGAUAACUGCCUGUAUCAACUGUUUUUGCCAGCAUUUUGUAAUUGCUAGAUGGUAAACACAAUAUAGAUUCAUGUAAAUUCUGUCUGCUUUAUUAAGCACUGUGUGAAUUUUUUAUUUGAUAAAGACUCACAUCUGGUGUCAGUGGUGCAAUGCAAUGAAAGCUCUAACUAGAAUUAAAUCAAUGACAUUUCAAUCACAGGACAUAAAACUGAAGUCCACUGUUGAGCUUUUAGAGGUUUCACUGUUUUGAAACCAGCUUAGCUUGAUCCAUUGUAUAACUCAAAUUACACAUAUGUUCCUGUGUCACAUUUGUUUUUAGUAUAUGAAAAUCGCGACAAGGAAUAAAACAAUCAUGGCAUUAUAUGUAUGAAUGCAGGCAUUGGUGUCUUAUUGUCGUGUUGCACCAGUUGAAUAAAAAGCAGAUUUUUGU